GGGGAACUGCGGUUUGCCCUUCAGCACCCCGGGGAACAGCGGUUUGCCCUUCAGCACCCCGGGGAACAGCGGUUUGCCCUCCCAAGCCCCGGCUGGCCCGAGCGGGGAACAGCGGUAACAGCGCCCUGGGAAGCGGGGUUCGGUUUAAAAAUGUCUGAUUGGAAAAAUAUUGUACACAGAACCCAACGUAUUGAAAAACUGCUGUCUGAGAACAAUUUUCAAGAUAUUGAGGAUCAUCUUAAAGAACUUGAAGAUAUUGAUAUGAUUGUAGAAUAUCUUCAGGGGACAGAAGUUACCAAGGCUGUAUACAGAGUACUCAAGAGCUGCCCUUCAGGACGGUUGAAAAAGAAAGCAAAGCAGUUAUUAUCAAGGUGGAAAGCACUUUACAAGAAUAACUGUGUUCGGUCAAUGCAAGUUAGACAGUCAUUUUCUGCGUAUGUGAAAGAGGAAAUCGGGCAUUGCAGUGUGGUUCCUAGAGAGCAGUUGCUGUCUGAAGGACCAUAUCAGGAGGAGGCAAUAGCUGGUACUAGUUCCAGCUUUUUGGUCCCAUCACAAACUGUUAAAAAUGUGGCAUGUAACAAUGCAGAAGGCAGUGUGAAUCAGCCUUCUUCUUUUGAGGAGCAACACAUUGUUAAUGACGAUUCUAAAUCUGUUGUUAAUGGAGCAAGUCUGCCAUCAGGACCCGAUAGAGCUCUUAGGUAUAAAUGUACAGAUCUUCUAUAUAGAGCUUUGAUUGGUUCUGCCAAAGAUGAAGAAGAAACUGUUAAAUGGCUACAGUUAUCUGAAGAAAUUGAAAAACAUAUUUUUACUCUUCAUGCUAAAAAUGACAAAAAAUAUAAAAAUUGCAUCAGAAGUAAAAUCUCUAACCUGAAGAACCCUAAAAAUUGCCACUUGAAACAUAACCUUUUUACAGGGACUUUGAGCCCAAAGGCUUUUGCUGAGAUGACAGUGAUGGAAAUGGCCAGCGAUGAACUGAAACAGCUCAGGGCUCAGUACACAGAAUCAUCUAUUCGGGAACAUCAGCUUCCACAAGUUAUUAAUGGCACACAGACAAACAAAAUAAAGUGUAGGCGCUGUGAAAAAUUUGAUUGCACUGUCACAAUGAUCGCCAGAGGAACUCUCUUUCUUCCAGGCUUGAAAUCUCUCCCAAUCGGACUUCUCAUUCUCCUCAGAGUGCCUCUGUUGAAACUUAUAACUUCAAAUUCUGUAUUGAUACUAUGUAGAUGCUGUCACUAAAAGGUGCAAGAUCAGUUUUAAAAAACUGCUAAUGUAUUUUUGAGGAUGACUUCAAUAAAUCUAUGUGGUUUUAAGUAAUGUACAUAUGUAAAGAAAUAAAAGAGUAGAGGGAAAAAAAUUGUGACAUGGUUAUGCUAUAUCUGAGAGUGAAAUAUUCACUAGUAAAUCCAUUAAAAAUA